AGGCUUCAAUUACUUGAAGUGCUUUUGUAAAUAUUGUUAACCCUACCUGGGGUCCUGUUAGUCUCUCUCGCCUAUGCAGUUCUCAGCCUUUUACUAUACAUAGGAUCUCUACUUGGUUCGUAUGGCUUCUUUAGCUGAAAUACGUGACAUAUUGCAGAAUAUAUGUAGACAGUAUGAGGUGAAAGAUAGUCUGAUGUGGGCAAACCGUCCGGCAUAUCCCCACCAUGAAAGGGGCUCUCCAUUUCCAGUUAAACCUAUUUUAUGCUUUGAGGAUGUUGCUUACGUCACUUACCCUCGUAUCUUAAAGGAAGAGAACCUACCCCAAUGGAAGUAUGAAGAAGGAGAAGGCCUUGUGGGCAAAGCACUUAAAUAUAAUCGACCAUUUUACGUUCCUGCCAUUGAGUCGGAAGAAAAUGUUUGCCCAUAUAUUGAGAACUGCAAUAAAAAAUAUAUUGUUCUUGGUGCUCUUGCAAUUAAGCUUAGUAGUGCCAAUGCCAGCUGUGAUGAUUAUGUAGUCGAAUUGUUGUUCAAACGUCCUAAUAUAACAUGUGAGACACAACUUGGGAUACAACUUGAGACACAAAAACUGUGGGCACACCGUAUCAUAGAUUACUUGAAAAAUGCAAUGCCACGUUUUGUCACCUAUGGUAAUCAGCACCCUCUAGUUGAGCUAGCUGAGCAUGACACUGCAGUUUCAGAUACCAUGCACGUGAGAAGCAAUCCACCAUCUCAAUCAACUAGGGAUUUCAAUUUAAAUCUGAUUAACCAGACAGUUGGAAAUGCUAUGGAUGGGCAAUUGCCUAUGCAACAGUUUUCUUUUGUUGAUCAGCUACUUUACACUGGAGUUUUAGAUGCCAUGCCCACACAAGGCAAUCUACGAGCUCAAGGUUUUAAAGGAAAAACCUUUGUGGUUAACUCAAGGGAUGGGAAUGUUUUGCAAUGGCCUCAUGAACAGGGUGCUCCUAUUCAGCCACAUGUAAGUGCAACUUCAAAUGUCAAGGCAUCGAGAGAGAAUAUAGUGCCUCCACCAAUUGGUGAUCUUAAUUUGAAUGGAAGAAUAUCCACUAGUGGGAAUAAUCAGAUAGCUGAAUAUCAUGUUACAACUAUGCAAGUGCCUCACAAACAGGGAAACAAAAGACAAAGAAUAUCAAGAUCUGAUGUUUGGAAUCAUUUUGAAAAGGAAGAAGUUGUAGAUGGGGAAUUAUUGGCCAAGUGUAAAUAUUGUGACUUUAAGACAGAUGGUUCGAGCAAAAAAGGGACAUCACACCUAAGAAAACACUUUGAAAAUCAUCAUAGAAAAAUUAAAAAUGUACAUCAAUUAUCAAAUCUUCCAUGUAAAAAUUUAGAACCUCAAAGUGCUUUUAGAGAAAAAUAUGUGUUGGAUGAAGGCAAGAUUCAUUUGGAUAUGGCAAGGGUAAUUAUUAAGUACAAGCUUCCGUUGAGCAUAAUUCAUGAUGAACAUUUCAGGAAUCUUUUCAAAAUGUCGCUGCAAGAGUUUGAGUUUCAACCUGAAAAAAAUCUUGAACCUCACAUACUUCAUGUUUACAAUGAAGAGAAGCAUAAACUUUGUAGAUAUUUUGACAAGCUCUCUUCACACACUAAUUUGACAAUUAACUUGUGGGAGGAUGAUACUAAAGAGAUUGUGAAUUGUUGCUUGACAGUACAGUUUAUUGAUGAUAGUUGGACAUUGAAGAAGAAGAUUCUUAGUUUUGACAGAUUAGGGCAUGAUUUUGAUGCAGCAUCAUUAUGUGAGAUUUUCAAGAGAGUGCUUUUGGAUUGGAAUAUCGAAAAGAAAACAUGUUCCUUAACAAUCCACAGUUCCUUGUCUAAUGUUGAGAUAGUUCAUGAAGAGAAAAUAUGGCCUUCUGGUAUUUUCUACCUCAGUUAUGAUAAGUGCAUUAGAGACAUAAAUUGUGUGAUUGCAGAUAUAUCUUUAAAAGGCAUUUAUCAAGUGUACGAGAAGAUGAAGAUGAAUCACCAGGAAAAUAGAGGUUAUACUUUGAUGAAUGUGGAAUGCAGUAAUAAUUGGAGAAUUUGUAGCUUGAUUUUGGCAAUUGUUGCUAUUCUUCACCCAUCCUUGAAGCUUGACUUUGUGGAGUUUGUGUACAAGGAAAUCUAUGAGGAUGCUAUUGCAAAGGAACACUUGGACAAAAUUUCUAAUUUUCUUAGAAAUCUUUAUGAUAAAUAUGCUAGUAGUUGCAGCAAUCACACAAAAUUUACUACUGCCAUAAGGGAUCCUUGUUCUUCAUCAUUGGCUAAUACUGAUGAUAAAGUGUUUGACUCCUUUAGGAAGUAUAAAGUGUCCAAGCGAAGUCAACCAGAACUUUGUAAGUAUUUGGAAGAGGAUGAAGGCUCCACAAUGGAAAUUAACAUUUUAAAUUGGUGGUGCAACAACAGCUCAAGAUUUCCGACAUUGGGGAUGGUGGCUCGUGAUAUUUUGGCCAUACCUUUAUCAACCAUUAUGUCAAGUUCUGCAUUUGCCAAAGAUAUUACGAAGAUUAUUUCAAACUAUGGUCAUCAAGAAUCACAUAUCAUAAAUGCAAUAAUCUGUUGUCAAGAUUGGUUGGAAUCAACAAAACCAUCAGCAUGCGAUGAAAAGUGUGAUGAAAAGUUAAUGAGGAAGCGGAGAGCAUGGUCAAAAAAGUACCUGCUUUCGGAUUUUACCCACGAGGAUUUAGAGCUUUUGGGAAAAUGGAAGAAUCGUAAGAUAACAGGACAAUGUGUUGGACUAGAUGAGGAAUUCAAGGUCCAAGACAAAUUCUUAGCUCCUCUUGUCAUCCCUCUAGUUGAUGACAUUAUACAAGGAACACCCCAAACGUAUUAUAUUGGAGAUGAGGUCGUAAACAAAUACUUUCUUUUACUUAUGAAGAGGUCCAAAGAAAAUCCUAGUAUGUUCUUAAAGAACGCUAGCUUGGAUUCUUCAACAACUAGUUUGUUGCUUGGCGGAGACCAGCCCAGUGUACCAACUUGGAUCAACCCUGUGGAACAAAUCAGUACAUGCAAGUUGUUUCUACCAUUGUGCUAUUUAGACCAUUGGAUUCUCUUCUAUGUGGACAUCAAGGAACAGAAAUUUGUAUGGUUGGAUUCUCGAAAAGAUUCAGAAAUGCAAAUGCCUAGUAAUUAUGAAAGAAUUCCAGAAUGGUUUAAAGGUUCGUUGUUGCCUGCCAUGGGUCUGAACAAUGCUAGGGAUUGGCCCUUCUUUGUUCCAAGAGAUAUUCCUAAGCAAGAAAAUGGAAUUGACUGUGGCAUCUUUGUAAUGAAGUAUGCUGAUUGCCUUACGCAUACCAAUUGCAUUGGUUUUCCUUUUUCUCAAGGCAACAUGCCCCACUUUCGAGAGCGUAUAUUUCUUGAUAUAUACAAUGGAGGAAUACAUGUUCCUAAAAGUUUGUAAGAAGCUAACCAAUGUAUUUGUAUGUUUCCCAUUUUUCUAAUUAAUGAUUCUUUUUUCUUCUUCUAAUGCUUGGAAUGGUCCUUUUUCCUUUGUUUUGAUACUUAUGACCUGCAUAGCAAAGCAGAUGGGAUGAUUGUCCUGCCU